AUGGAUGAUUCAGUGAAAUCAUUCUAUAAGAAGAAAGAAGACUCUCAAAAUCUUGCCACUAUUACUAAUCGAAUACAAACACUAAUUAAACUAGUAAAGGGACCAGGCGUUCAUUCUGUCAGCUAUAUGUCUGCUGCCGGUUUUGAAUAUACAAAUGAUGGAGACACAGCUCGUUGUAAAGAUUGCGGGCUUGAAGUACCCAACUGGGCAUCAGACAUGAAUCCAUUUACUAUUCAUUCAAAAAGUCAACCUAAUUGUCCAUUCAUACAUUCUAUAAUACUAAUUUCAUCAUUAAAUGUACUUGCGCCUAGCAAGUUACCAGCCAAUACUACUCAAAAUAUAUCUGUCCCGACUGUAGAAGAAAAUAUUUCGACUUUUCAAAAGGUAAAAACGAUGAAUUUCGGAUCAUUAUCUAAUACUUUAGUGGAAGUCGAUUCACUUCGUCAAGUACGAAUACGUACUUUUUCUCAUUGGCCACAUCAUACUGUUCCAUCAAAUUCACAAAUGAUUGAAGCUGGAUUUUUUUGUUGCAAUGUUGGUGAUCGAGUAAUAUGCAUCUAUUGUAAUCUUAUUUGUCAACAAUGGAUAUCAUAUAUCGAUGAUCCAUGUGAAGUACAUAAAACACUUUCUCCUAAUUGUAUUUAUGUCAAAACAAAAUUGAUGAAUCCUGUAGUUUCAUCAAUAGCUAUUGUCAACGAAAGUUCAACUACAAAUAUUGCUUCAUCAACAUCAAAUAAUCUCAGUUCUAUACGAACUAAUGAUAUUGUCUUUAGAGCAUCAUGCAAUCCUACUUAUUCAGAAAUACUAAAACGCCAGGCAUCGUUUGCUACGUGGCCAAAUGAAAAUUUACCACAAGUAGAUGAUUUGGUUCGAGCAGGAUUUUUCUAUACAGGUGCAGCAACCAUUGCUACUUGCUUUUAUUGUAAUGGAUCAUUACAAAAUUGGGGUUCCAAUGAUAAUCCAAUGAUUGAACAUGCUCGUUGGUUUCCAUAUUGUGCAUAUGCUAAACAAUUGUGUGGUGAAGAACUAUAUCGUAAAAUUCAAGAAUCUAAACGAAUUCAACAAAAACGUGCUAGAGCUAAAGAAUUAAGAGAAGAAGGAGGCUCAAAUGAUUUGAUGAACAUUAAUGUAACAGAAAAUAGUGGAAAAUUAUUAAUACCUGAUGAAAGUACUUUAUCCAGACUGGUUGCGGCACGAUUAGACCUAUCCAUUUCACAGCAUUUAUUAGAUCAACAUUUUAAAUUAUCUAUUGUAAAACGAUGUUGGGAAGACCAAUUACGAAUAAAGCAUGAUGAUUUUGUAUCGGAUUGUGAUUUAUACAUUGCUUGUUUAAUUCUUCGAAAACAAAUCGAACAUAUCGAUGGUAAAAAAGAAAAUAUUGUUAUACCAAGCAUAAAAAUGAAACAAAUGAGAGAACAAAAUGAGACAGAAAUAAGCCAACAAAAAUUAACUACAGCUAAUGAAGUUCAAUCCAUAGAAAAUCGUACAGAUACCGAAGUGAAUAUGCCAUCGCAAUCAUUAACAAGCACUGGAAAUGAACGUGAAGUGCAAACAAAUAAAAAAAUAACUAAUGUCAAUGAUCAAAGUCAAUCAUUGAAUCUUUGUGUUCUUUGUAUAACAGAAGAAAAAAAAUUAGCUUGUAUACCAUGUGGUCAUAUGUCAACAUGUGUCGCAUGUGGCCAUUCGUUGCGAUCGUGUCCAAUAUGUCGACGAGAGAUUGACGCAUUUAUUAGAAUUUACAUUUAACAAAAAAAAUUUUUUUCUUUUACCUAAUUGUAGGUAGUUACCGUCAAUCAGUUUUGCAUCUAUUCGAAACCAGAAAAUAAUAUUUAUACUAGAAACAGCCACUUUUCAAUAGCAUGUAAAAGCAAAAUAAAUGUUCAUAUUGUUAGAAGUGUUGUCUUUUUGACGAAAUUUGCUAUUUUUUUAAUCAUACUUAAACAAGAUAUUGAUAUAAUAAAAAAUAAUAUAUUCUAAUUUCUUGAUGUUGAAGACAAAUGAUACACACUGUACUAUUUAGUGUUUGUCUACUAUUUUUCUUUAUACUUAUCUUAUGAAGUUCGCUUCUUGAGGCUAUGUGAUUAUAUUUUCUCCUUAUUAGCAUUCCAUAUAGGUUCCAAGUGAUUUCAUGCAACAAAAAGGAAUGGUUGCGUUUCUUCUUUUGUUUUCAAUGAUUUUUUAAAUAAAAAUUUGUAAAGUUUCUCUUUAGUAUAAACAGUUGUUUGCUAUUGAUUCGAAAAAAUCACAAGCUCUAUUGUUAAUUAUACUUUGAAUGAUUCAGUAGUAGAUAAGUAAUACAUAAAAAUACUUUUUCUCAUGCCUUGCAUCUUUCUUAUAUUCGUUCCAAACAGUAUUCGCUGACUUACUAGUCAAUCGGCUAUAUUUGACAACAGAAAAAUGGUGGUGAAAAAAUCAUUACUUGAUUAUACUCAAAGUAGUGUUAUUUUUUUUUCAAAAACUUCAUUCAACAGAAAGUCAACUUAGGGAGCACGUCAAAAUAUAUUUCGGUCGGUCGACUACUAUUCGUUCAUUUCUAAAUUCUUUCAUUCUUUCGUCUCUCUAUAUCGCUUGCGCAGAACACUUGAUUUCGUAUUGUUUUUUUUCUUAUAAAAUUGGGAUUUCCUUGAUUUUAUUUCUGCAAAGAUGAUUAACCAGUUUUUUUGAAUGUAUUAUUCACUAAUCAAUCCAGGCAAGCAAAAAAUAAGGGAGCACGCCCGACAUGACUAGUCUCAAAUGUUCGCACUACCGUCUGGUCUAGUCUGAAAUGACUUUCAACCCGUCAGGACUAGCUAUUUUGACGCACAAAGUCUAGGGUGUGGGUGUGCACUGUAAAAAAAAACGGUACUUUCUGGAACCUCAAAAAAAGGUUCGGUAGAUGACAAUAAGUUUGCAAAUGUGUUGAAAGUUUCAAAAAACGAAUAAAAAAAACCCGGAACCUUUAAAGGAUCUUACCGUGUACCCAAGUGAAGAUCCUUUUUUCUUCGAAACCUCUUUAAGUUCCGUACACAAAAAAAAAGGUUUUGUAGG